GUCGGCAGCAGCCUCGUUCCUGUUGGAGCUGAUCGUGAGAAGAGGAAGGAGAAGAGAAAGUGUAGGGCAAAUCUGAGGACAGAAUGAGGUGUAAUUUUUUUAUUUUUUUUCAAUUGACAUGUCAUUAAGUUAACAGUACAGUCAGCAUUUCGUUUGCCAUGUCAUCAAAAUUUUAACGGAGUUAACAGAGUCUGACGGUGACUGACGGCCGGUGACUAAUGGUGAAACAAUUCGUAAAGUUAGUGGCCAAUAUGAAAGAAAAGUAAUUCGGGUGGCAAACGUGAAAGAUUUAUGUAAUUUGAGUGACCAAAUGUGUAAUUUAGCUUUAGAAUUGGAUACACGUAAUAAUUGAGUUUGACUAUAGGUUACAGAUAUGAUGAGAAUUGGAGAAAAGGUGCAUUUCAAUUCCACUGUGCUUGAUUAUUGACCUAAGCCGUGUGUUUUGUAGGUAAGUCGGGGAUAUUCAUAUCAAUCCUAUUCAGCUGGAUGACCCGUGGAAUCCAUUCAUCCAAUUUUGAUGACAACAUAUACGUUGAGAAAAUCAUUUUCUUGAUUCAUAAAAAAAAAUUAAUAAUCAUUUUCUACUAUGAAAGGAAAAGAAAAGAACAUCAAGAUUAUCGAAAUUUUAAAACGCUAAUACGGAGUUAGAAUUUCAAGAAGUGAGAAAAAUAUAUGUGGUUUGAGGUGCUCGUCUUGGCCGAAAGUGCAAUUCAAAACCUGAAGAUAUUUGGGUGUUGAUUAGGUAAGGCGACAUGUAAUUUAAACGAGGAAAAUGAUAAUCAAGAUGAGAUUGCUUGACAGAUUAAUCGUUGUAUUAACAUAUUGUAUUCACAUAUUGCCCUUGAUAAAUUUGUAUGGAAUCUGCCAACACUAUUGAUUGUCGAUUGUUCUUUAAAUUCGUUUUCCUUGGAUUGUAAGAACUAAUUCGUUGAUAUCGCUAAUUUUUUGACGAUUUAGAAAAAUGUCUAAAAUACAAAAUAUUAUAUUUUACACCGUCGGAGGGAGCUAUCCAAUGACGUGGCGCAUUCCUCGUUUGGCAAGCAACUCCAUCUCUUUCUUUCCUCCUAACCUCGUUGCAUUUUUCUUGGCUUACAAAUAAAAUAAAAAAUAAAACACAAAGAGAGAAUAUUAUUUGAAUUAAAUAAAAAAAAACUCGGGGAAAAUAAAAAGUAGCAAAAAGAACCUCCUCCUCGAAGCUUUUUCUUUCGUUGAAAGAGAUAAAAAGAGGAGGAGGAGGACGACGAGAACCCGAAAUUAGAUAGAAUAGAACGCAAAGAAAAGUAACACACUAGAGAAGAAGUACACGCUUUUCCUUCCUUCUCCUUCUACUUCACCGGCGUCGGAACUGCAAUUCGUUAAUUCAUUUCCUUUGAUCAAUCGAAUUCCCGGCCACUUUAAUCUGCGGGUUCGGUUGUUUCCGGGGGGAGAGCCUGUUUCCUGGCGAAACAUCGAAACACAUGGCUACAGGAGUAGAAUCGUCACCGCUAUCCUCCGGGACGGUGGAGAAGGUGGCACCGAGUGGCAUCGCGCUUGAUUUCCCGGCGACUGAUGCUCCUGCGUCUGCCUCGCCGCCGAGAAUUCCCAAGCGGCUUCGGAAGCGGAUGAUGGAGGCAAAAACUUCGCCUGUCAGUAGUGUGCAGGAGAUCGAAGCUAAGCUUCGCGACGCUGAACUCCGGAGGCAGCAAUUCUAUGAGAUGUUGUCCACUAAGGCGAGGCCAAAGCCGCGAAGCCCUUCGCGGUCUUCCUCUCAGGAUGAAGAUCUUGGUCAACGCCUUGAAGCCAAACUUUUAGCUGCGGAGCAGAAAAGGUUGGGUAUCUUGACCAAUGCUCAAAUGCGCCUAGCUAAGCUGGAUGAGUUACGCCAGGCCGUGAAAGCUGGGGUGGAAACGCGUGUAGAGCGGGAAAGGCAGAGGCUUGGCACUAAAGUAGAAUUGCGUGUUCAACAGGCUGAGGAAAAUAGAAUGCUUCUCAUGAAAGCUUAUAAGCAGCGCCAUGCUUCUGUGAAGGAGAGGACUUCUCGGUCAUUAAUGCAAAGAGUUGCCAAGGAGAGCAAAUAUAAGGAGCGUGUGCGUGCAGCGAUUAACCAGAAGCGUGCUGCUGCAGAGAAGAAAAGACUCGGGUUACUGGAGGCGGAGAAGAAGAAAGCAUGUGACCGGAUUUUGCAAGUGCAGCAAGUAGCUAAGUCUGUCUCUUAUAAGCGCGAGAUUGAGAGGAGGAGAAUGAUGGACCAACUUGAGGAUCGGUUGCAGAGGGCAAAACGACAGAGAGCAGAAUACUUGAAGCAGAGGUGCAGACAGCGUAGUCCUGUGCAGAUGAAUUUGAAGAGGAUGGAAAAGCAGGCUGAUGUUCUUUCAAGGAAAUUAGCCAGGUGCUGGAGGAAGUUUCUUUCAUCAAGAAGAACGACCUUAGAGCUGGUAAAAGAUUACGACGCCUUGAAGAUAAACGAGAACUCUGUAAAAACCAUGCCAUUUGAACAGCUUGCUUCUGCAAUUGGAUCACCUGCUACCCUUCGGACAGUAAAAGCUCUGCUAGAUCGGCUGGAGAGCCGAUAUAAAGUCUGCAGGGCAGUUGCUGCUGCUAGCUAUUCUUCUACACUGGACAACAUCGAUCACCUGCUGAAAAGAGUCACUUCUCCUCAGAGAAGAUCUACACCCAGGUCCUCAAUGAGGAGCAGAGAAGCAAAGAGUGCAGGUGCUACAAGGGAAUUGACUAGAAGUCCAGCUAAGUUAUCCAGGUAUUCAGUGAGAGUAGCUCUUUGUGCUUACAUGAUUCUGGGCCAUCCAGAUGCUGUUCUCAGCAGUCAAGGAGAGAGGGAAACUGCCUUGGCCAAGUCUGCAAAGGAUUUUAUCCACGAGUUUGAGCUGUUAAUAAGGAUCAUUCUGGAGGGACCACUUCAGAGCUCUGAUGAUGAGUCGGACUCCAUUUCAUCAAAGCGCUGUACCUUCAGGUCCCAACUUGUGGUGUUCGACAAAGCGUGGUGCGCAUUCUUGAAUUGCUUUGUGGUGUGGAAGGUUAAGGAUGCCGUGUCAUUGGAGGAGGACUUAGUGAGAGCAGCUUGUCAGCUUGAGCUAUCUAUGAUUCAAAAAUGCAAGAUGUCUCCUGGCGGAGAAAAUAAGGAUCUUCUUUCUCAUGAUAUGAAGGCUAUUCAGAAACAGGUAACAGACGACCAGAAAUUGCUAAGAGAUAAAGUACGACAUCUUAGUGGGGAUGCUGGGAUUGAGAGAAUGCAAUCGGCUUUGGACAAGAUGCGCUCGAAGUAUAAGGAAAAUGGCACACCUAUUGGUUCACCAAUAAUCAGUGUGUCAUCUCCUGGCAUGCCCUGUUUCGUUGCAGGUGCUGCUACUCCUGCAUCUACAAGUGAUGUCAGGGCUGAGACACCAAGUCGAGUGGUCCGUUCUUUGUUCAAGGAUGAAAGUAUUGACCCAUUUAAACAAGCAAGUUCCUCGGCUGCUGCUAUCCCACCCAAGUCGGCAAUUUCCACUGCAGCAGGCACAAGCUCAUCUGUCGGUCAAGUGGGUGGUUCUGUUAAUAAGAUGAUAACAGAGAAUGAAGUUAUUGUGAAUGAGCUUCUUCACGAAAAGGGUAGGGGUCUGGUUGACAGAUUAGACACUGCCCAAAAAGUUGAAGAGAACCUCCAGGCAAAGAUUAAAGAGGCAAUGGAAAAGGCUUUCUGGGAUGGAGUGAUGAACUCGGUAAAAGAAGAGGGACCCGACUAUGACAGGGUUAUUAACCUUGUGAAGGAAGUGAGGGAUGAAAUCAUUGAGAUGGCUCCUGAGAGCUGGAGACAAACCAUCAUGGAAGCUAUUGAUAUAGACGUUCUUACUCAGGUGUUGACGUCGGGAAACUUAGACAUUGAGUACCUUGGGAAGAUUCUAGAGUUUGCACUGGCUACAUUGCUAAAGCUCUCUUCCCCUGCCCAUGAAGAUGAAAUGAAAGUCAAAUAUCAGAAUUUACUCCAAGAAUUAACUGUGGCAUGUCAAAAUAGAGAUGAUAAUGCAAAGAGUUCUCCUGCGGUGGCAAUGAUUAGAGGUCUCCGCUUUGUGCUAGAGCAGAUACAGACGCUUAAAAGUGAGAUCAGCAAAGCACGUAUAAAACUGAUGGAGCCAUUGUUGAAAGGCUCUGCUGGUUUGGAAUAUAUUAGGAAAGCUUUUGCUAAUCGGCAUGGCUCCCCGUUGGAUGCUUGUUCGUCUCUACCACUGACAAAGCAGUGGCUUUCUUCCUUGAUAAGUUGCAGUGACCAGGAAUGGGAAGAACAUAAUAAUUCCCUCUCGGCUUUGGCCAGCCAUGAGAAUCCUUCGCAGGCGUUUCUGCCUUCUACUGCACUUCGAACCGGUGGGAGCUUUCAGGUGAAACAAAGUGCUGCGCCAGAUGCUGGCUCCAGCAAUGAACAAUCAGCGCUGGUCCCUGAACGUCCUGGUGAUAGGAUUGAUCUCUUGGUUAGGCUUGGAUUGCUGAAAAUGGUCACCGAGGUUUCCGGUAUAACGCCUGAAACUCUUCCAGAGACAUUUGCUCUCAACCUGUCCAGAUUGAGAGGCGUCCAGGCUGAAGUCCAGAAACUUAUAGUGGUCACUACCAGUGUCUUAGUUUGCCGGCAGACUCUCUUGAUGGAAAGAGGUGCAGCCAGCAGUGCUGACAUAGAAAACACAGUAUCAAACUGUAGCAAGCAACUAUUGCAACUCUUGGACCAUGGUGGCGACGAUGCUGGGAUCGAUGAAAUCGUCGGCAUACUCAGCAGCUUCUUCUCCCAAGAUUCAUCUCCGUCGGGUUCUGAAAAUGAAAACACUCAGCAGCUUCAGUCGAGGAAGGAAGUUAUGGGUAGGAUGUUAGGAAGGAGCUUACAGGCAGGGGACCCAGUUUUUACAAAGGUCUCCCGAGCUAUUUACUCCGCGGCCAGGGGUGUCGUUCUGGCGGGAAGCGGAUUCAAAGGAAGGAAACUGGUCGAAACGGCUCUCAGGCCGGUUGGUGCCACCAUCCUCGCUGACAGGGUGGUGGAGGCUGCCCAAGUGCUGGUUACGGCGGCUGGAGUCUCUGUAGCAGUCCAUGGACCAUGGUAUGCAACACUGGUGAACAGCUUGUAGAUAGGACAUGAUUUGUUUUGUUUGCUUGACUUGGAAGAAAGUUGGGUUGCCAAAUAAGAAAGAAGAAGGAUAUGUACAGAGCGCUGUGUAAAUAAAAGUAGCAAUGUGUUUUACGCCGGCGACGAGGCUGCUGUGAUUUGGUUGUUUGUGUGUAUAAAUUGAAGUGAAGAAUUAUGUACAUAGUGUUUGAUAAUAAGAUCAGUGAUUGGUUCAUUUUUCCGAUCUCUGCUAUUCCCCAUUCUCCACUACCGCCGCCGAUAAAUUCUCCGUCACCGUCGCUGCCUGCAUACUCUCCGGUAACCGUUGAUACGACGGACAGGAAUAAACCAAGGAACCCGUUACGAUGUCGUUUAGCAUGCCGCGGAGGGAGGAGCCCAAUAGCUUCCCAACGUCGGAGGCCCAACUAAAAGGUUGAUAUCUAA